UCAACCGCUCAUGCAAAAACCCCCAAAUUCACAAUCGCCAAAUCCCUAGCCUUACCGAUCGAUCGCCAUGCCAGAUCCGGAAAUCGGAGACCGCAUCGGUGCCGAGAGCUGUCUAGAUCUCGGAUCGGACGUCGCCGCAGUCCGCAGAAGGCAGAGGCGCCCCGCGGCGCCGGAGAAGAAGGAGCUUCCGCCGCCGAUCACGUGGCUGGUGCGCGCGGACAGUCACCGGUCGCCAAUGCCGUGGGUUAUGAGGAAGUACUACACGAGCGACGGCAGAUUGAUAAUCAGAGAGGAGAGGGUGAGGUGCCAUGACUAUUUCGUCGCCGAUCGAUCGGAUGGACGCCUCGUUCUCAACCUCGUCCACGUUGACGACGACGACGGCGUCGAGGAUGCGGCGGAGGAGGAGAUGCGGCGUCCUGAAAUCGUUAAUGAGGCGAUCGAUUGUGAUUUGAGUGUGGAGGAAGCCGCGGCGGAGUGCUAUAAGUAUAAUGGAUUGGGGUUGAAGCCCUGCGGUGGUUUUGUUGCGACGGUGCCGGUGUUUACUCCGCCGGUUCACACAUGAAUACAUACAGUUUCUCUC